AUGGGCUUGCUAGCGCUUGGCACCCCGCUGGCCUGGCCGGAAGCAAAAAAAAGUGCACAGCAAGUCAGAGAAUGGGGGAUUGAACAACUUCUGGCCAUCUGGGGGAAGGCAAAGGGAAAAGAGCGAGAUGCGCUGCUCUGGGGCGAUGAGGUUGAGUAUCUCGUCGUAGCGGUGGAUGAGAAGGCGCAGAAAGUGCGACUUUCACUCCACCAGGCCGAGCUCUUGAAUUCGCUGGCGCAAGAGGAAGUGCAGGCAAAUGGGGAAUUGGUCCAGGGGCUCCUGGAUGGAGUAAAAGAACCGCUUCCCAAGUUCCAUCCCGAGUUUGGGCGUUUUAUGCUGGAAGCAACACCAGGAAAGCCAUGGGGGAUUGGAUUCCAAGACCUCUUGAGAGUCGAGUCCAAUAUGAAGUGGAGGAGAGUUAUUGCGAAAAAACAUAUGGCACCGAAUGAAUACCCCAUAACCCUCACCACAUUCCCACAACUAGGCACCAAGGGUGAUUUCACACAACCAUUCUAUCCUGUCUCGGGCAGCGCGCUCCGUUCACAGUUCGUCCCCGACGAAAUCGCAAACCCGCAUAUCCGUUUCCCCACACUGGCCGCAAAUAUUCGAUGGAGGAGAGGCAGAAAGGUGCAGCUGAACGUUCCUGUGUUUCGAGAUAGGAAUACCCCUUGGCCAUUCAACGACCCAACAGUCAAUUACGAUCUCCAUAACUGGCCAGAAGACGAUGAUGUCCGUAAUGGUGCUGUGAAACAGAAUCAUGUCUAUAUGGAUGCAAUGGCGUUUGGCAUGGGAAGCUGUUGUCUGCAAAUCACGUUCCAGUGUAAAAAUAUCAAUGAGGGGAGAAGGCUCUAUGACCAGCUAAGCCCCCUGGGGCCGAUAAUGUUGGCUUUGACUGCCGGUACACCAAUUUACAAAGGCUUCUUAGUUGAUACUGACGUUCGGUGGAAUCAGAUCAGCAAGGCAGUUGAUUGCCGCACGCCUGAAGAGCUGGGAGAGAAGCCGCUGAAGAAUGAUCGCUGGCGCAUCCCAAAGUCAAGAUAUGCGUCCAACUCCACAUAUAUAUCCCAAGAUCCGCGACUACGACCUGAGUACAUGGACCCAGAUCUUGUCAUAGACGAAGAUAUUAAGCAACGCCUCCUAGAUGGUGGUAUGGACGACCUGCUUGCCACGCACUUCGCCCACCUCUUCAUCCGCGACCCUAUCGUAGUAUUUUCCGAGGACCUGAAGGAACUCGACCUCAACCAGACCAAUCACUUCGAGAAUCUGCAGUCGACAAACUGGCAACACAUCCGCUUCAAACCGCCGCCGGCCGAAAACGACAUCGGCUGGCGCGUCGAGUUCCGCCCGAUGGAGAUCCAGAUUACCGAUUUCGAAAAUGCCGCUUUCAGCGUCUUCAUGGUCCUCAUCACUCGCGCCAUUCUCAGUUUCGAUCUAAAUCUCUACAUCCCCAUCCCACGCACAACAAUGAACAUGGAAACCGCCCACGCACGUAAUGCCGUCCUCGAGCAGAAAUUCUACUUCCGCAAAGACCCCUUUCCACACCGUAUAUCACGGCUUCAUCAGCAGCACCAGCACCAGCACCAGCAGCAGCCCAACAGUAACCCGAACAGCACUAGCGGUAACACAUCAGAUUCCAGCUCCCGCUACUCCUCCGGUUUCUCAACGCCGAACCUACGUCCCAUCGAAUCCGAGUAUGAGCUCAUGACCAUCGCAGACAUCGUCAACGGCACGGAGGACGGGUUUCCCGGCCUAAUUCCGCUGGUCGAGUCGUAUCUCAACGGUGUCAAUGUCGAUGUGGAGACACGGUGUCGGCUGGCGGCGUAUCUGGACUUCAUCCGCCGGCGUGCGGAUGGCACUCUGUGGACGAAUGCGAAGUGGAUCCGCGAGUUUGUAGCCAGACAUCCGGAAUAUAAGCAUGACAGCGUGGUUUCGGAUAAGAUCUGCUUUGAUCUUGUCAACGCUCUUGAGGAGGUUACAGAGAAGGGGGGGAAGGGUGGUAGCGUUGGGUGGGAGAUGUUGAGGGGUGCUAAGGAGUGAUAUCUCCUUCUCCUUCCCUCUCGCCCUAACGGAACCCCUCCUCAUUUCUUUCCCCCCUUCCCGUUCGUUGUUGUUUGCGUAACACUCGCGCCUUGAAUCUCUCCGUUCUUUUCAUUGUAGAUUUUGGUGUAUGUUGCCACGCAUGUCAUUUCUCUAUUCAAUGGGUGGCAGCGUUUUUUUUUUUUUUUGCUUGAAUAUUUAAACUCAUCCCUGACUUUUUUUGCCCCUUUAUCCUUUACUUUAUAUUUAUAUUUAUAUUUUUUAUACUAUAUUAUUUGCUUUUUUCAUCCCCAAAGCUCAUAGCUUCUGUCUAAUGGUGAAAUAUUUUGAUCGUUGUUUCGCAGUUCAAUAGGCAUUCAUUGUCGUGGGAGGGAACAAUGGACAAUGGGGUGUGCUUCGAAUCGGAGAUGAGUAUGGGCUAUUUCCUUGUGUUGAUCGUCUCAUCUCAUGUUCACACGCAUACUUAAUGUCUCUCAUCAGGAAGAGAUGCCACUGCCAAUUUGCAGUGCAGUUCGAACUGUACAAGCAACGUACAUCUCCAUCCAACCGGCCUGAAUGCCAAUAUAUAUAUAUAUAUACAUAUACAUAUAUAUCAGUUGAGCCGUUUAUCCCCGUAUCACCGGUAUCCCCGUGUAAAAUACAGCCCUAUUACGCCGAGACGAACGUUUUCUGUUUCCAUUACCUUACUAUUACGUUACGCCGCGUACUUUAUUGUACGGUAAGUAUAACCGACAGUUUCUUUUAUUGCCCGGCAGGCAACGGCGUUUAUUGAUAGAUGGCUCAGUUGAGAGCCUGCAUCCAUGGAUGGGGAGAAAGGCCGACUUUGGAUGCGAGAUACCGGUUCGAUAGCACAUUCCAUUCGUUGCCUCUUCUCUCCAUGCGACAAAAGAGAGAAGGUGGAAGAAGUAGUAGAAGAAGACGGAAGAGG